CCUCUCGCCGUCACUCUCCUCCGCCUCCUCGCACCCAUGGAGCCCCACGCCGCCGCCGCGCAAAACCCUAACCCUACACCUAACGCUAGCGCGGGCCCGCCGCCCAUCUCCGCCUACUACCAGACACGCGCGGAGCACCACGCCGUCGUCUCCAGUGACUGGCUCGCGCACGCCGCCGCCGCCGCGGCCUCGCUCCCCGAGGCCGACGCCGCCGCCGCCGCCGACGACUCCGCCGCGUCGCUCCUCUCCCCCGGGAGCAACGGCGGCGGGGUGAUCGAGGAGUUCAACUUCUGGCGGCGCAAGCCCGAGGCCGCGGAGGCCGUGGCAGCCAUCAUGGCGCUCGCCGCCGUAAUCCGCUCCAGCAGGGCCACCACCAUGAUGGAGCUCGAGAUCGAGCUCAAGAAGGCAUCCGACAAGCUCAAGUCUUGGGAUGCUACUUCCAUUUCUUUGUCUGCUGCAUGUGAUUUGUUCAUGCGGUUUGUAACAAGAACAUCACAUUUGGAGCAUGAGAAGUUUGAUGCUGCAAAAUCACGCCUAAUUGAGCGCGGAGAAAAAUUUGGAGAGAUAUCCUUAAAGGCUCGUAAGACAAUUGCGAUGCUCAGCCAGGAUUUCAUUUCUGAUGCAUGUACAAUCCUGGUACAUGGUUAUUCCAGAGUUGUUUUGGAAGUUCUAAAGCUAGCUGCUUCUAACCGCAAGCUUUUCCGGGUACUAUGCACAGAGGGCAGACCAGAUAGAACAGGUUUACGAAUGUCAAAUGAACUUGCAGCACUAGGCAUUCCUGUUAAGGUGCUAAUUGAUUCAGCUGUUGCUUAUUCAAUGGAUGAAGUAGACAUGGUGUUUGUUGGUGCUGAUGGGGUUGUCGAAAGUGGAGGAAUAAUCAAUAUGAUGGGCACUUAUCAGAUUGCCCUUGUGGCUCAAAGCAUGAACAAACCUGUUUAUGUGGCUGCUGAAAGUUACAAGUUCGCACGCCUCUAUCCAUUGGACCAGAAGGACAUGACACCGGCACACCGACCAAUAGAUUUUGGAGUUCCAAUUCCAGCUGGCGUGGAGGUUGAGACUUCUGCAAGGGACUACACCCCUCCCCAGUAUCUCACGCUGCUUCUGACUGAUCUCGGUGUUCUGACACCAUCUGUUGUGAGCGAUGAGCUUAUUCAGCUAUACCUAUGAUCACUGGUAUGGAGAUAUGAUGCAUUGAUGUACCACAGUUGAAUCUAAGGUUUUUCAUGUAAGUUUUUGCUAUGUUGCGUUGCCCUUUAUGUGACCAUGAUGCAACAUCUGAAGGAUGCACAGAAAGGCUAUGAGAAAGAAGAUAGCCCAGUUUUGUCUAAGUGUAUUGGAAUUAACCAAUGGCUUUGGUGUUGGUUGUGAAGAUGGUCAGAAUGAUAUUU